GUUCUGUGGGUCUAUGCUUUUAACCUCUCAUCAUACGGAUAUAAACAACGUAAAAAUCAUCGUUUUCAACAAAAUGAAAGGAUUUUAUUUCCAGGAAAAGCGUAUAACCAGUAUUGAAGAACUUUAAAUUAAAUAGAGUGUUUACCGAUUUUAUAAUUCAUCAUUUAAAUCCAGAUCUACACCUACCAAAAAUAGAUAUGGGUGAACAUUGUAUUGUUAUUGAAGAUGCUGAUGAAGCGAAGUUGGAAGAAAAACCAGGGAUCAUAGACAUAUGCGAACACUUCAUAGAUGAAGAAGGAGUUUACGAUAGAGAAGAAUUUAUAAUAAAGAACGAAGGAAGUUGCACGAAUUCCUCAGGUGUAGAAGUUGAUGCAAAUCAGUCAACUGCCUUUUUCAACAAAAAAAUCUCUCAAGUAUUUGAUCCCACGACCAUCAAAUCUGAACCGGUUCACUUGGACCAGUGUGAAUUUCCUAAAUGUCACUUGGUUGAUACAGGGAAAGAAAAAUAUCUCGAUAAAUCCACACAGUAUGAUCAUAAUGAUCAUACCUACUGUCGCAAAUAUGACGAGAAAUGUCAUGUCAAAUCAGAAAUCUUAGAAUUUGUCGAACAAUUUAUAGACAAUGAAGGAGUUCAUGACAGAGAAGAAUAUAUAAUUGAGAAUGAAAUAAUGAACUCAAAUUCCCUACUUAUUGAAGACAAUUCAAAUCAAUCACCUGCCUCUUUUAACGAAGAAAUGCCUCUAGUAUUAGACCCAACAGGCAUAAAAUCUGAUAUGUUUAACUUAGGAGUUGUGGACACUUGUGAACAAUUUAUAGACGAAGAAGGUGUUCACGAUAGAGAAGAAUAUAUAAUUGAGAAUGAAAAAAUUAACCCAAACUCCCUAAUUAGAGAAGGUGAUGCAAAUGAAUCACCUGCCCUUUUUACCAAAGAAACGCCUCAAAUAUUUGAUCUAGAGAAUGAAGAAGCACUUCCUGUGACUAUCAACAAUCAAGAGUGUCAUAUGUGUGAUUUCGAGACCAAUGAUGAAAAAGACCUUGCGUUACAUAUCAAAUCUGUUCAUUCGAAUAUCAAGUGUCAUUUAUGUGAGUAUGUUACUAGCAGAAAAAGGGACUUUCUAAUGCAUGUCGAGCGUGUUCAUCUGGAUAGGAAGAAACAAGAAUGUUACAUUUCUGGAUAUGCUGCACAUUUGAAAACUAAGGAACACAAGUGUCACUUAUGUAAAUAUACUGGGAGUGCUAAAUGGGCCCUUGAGAGACAUAUAAAAUCAGUUCAUUUGAAAAUUAAGAAACACAAGUGCAAUUUAUGUGAAUAUGCUGCGAGUGAAAAAAAUGAUCUUGAAAGACAUAUAAAAUCAGUUCAUUUGAAAACUAAGGAAUACAAGUGUCACUUAUGUGAAUAUGCUUCAAGUGAAAAAAAUGCUGUUGAAAAACAUAUAAAAUCGGUUCAUUUGAAAAUUAAGGAACACAAAUGUCACUUAUGUGAAUUUGCUACGAGUGCAAAACAGACACUUGAUAGUCACGUGAAAUCUGUUCAUUUGAAAAUUAAGACGCACAGGUGUCACUUAUGUGAAUAUGCUUCAAGUGAAAAGAAUGCUGUUGAAAAACAUAUAAAAUCGGUUCAUUUAAAAAUUAAGGAACACAAAUGCCACUUAUGUGAAUUUGCUGGGAGUGCUAAGAGUGACCUUGAAAGACAUAUAAAAUCAGUUCAUUUGAAAACUAAGGAAUACAAGUGUCACUUAUGUGAAUAUGCUUCAAGUGGAAAAAAUGUUCUUGAAAAACAUAUAAAAUCAGUUCAUUUGAAAAUUAAGGAACACAAAUGCAACUUAUGUGAAUAUGCUGCAAGUAGAAAACAGACUCUUCGAAAGCAUUUUGACACUGUUCAUUUGAAAAUUAAGGAACACAAAUGAUAAAAGUAUUAUCCAGCGACUUGUAGAAUCUGUUCAUAUGAAUAUUAAGAAAUACAAAUGUCACUUAUGUGAAUAUGGUGCGAGUGUUAAGAAUAGACUUGAUUAUCACGUGAAAUAUGUUCAUUUGAAAAUUAGGGAAUAGGGAACACAAGUGUCAUCUGUGUGAGUAUGCUGCAAGUACAAAAAAUGUCCUCAAAAAACAUUUUUACUCUAUUCAUUUGAACAUCAACGAGAUAUUAAUGUCACUCAUGUGAAUAUGAAUAAUUCAUUGGAAAACUGGUAACAGGUGGGGACAUGUUACAAGCAUAAACGAUACUUUGUGGAAUACGUGGAAAAUCUGUCCAUUCAAAUAGCAAGUAACAAUUUUCAGUAAUGAACUAUACUGUAAAUAUAUGAGGUUAUUUUUAA